AUUUAUUAGGUUAGUCACAGGAACAGCAUGAUAUUUCAUAAGAAGUCAACAAUUACUUAAGACAGUUAUUCAACAUUUCAACAGUUAGGUAAACCGGUUAGUCAAGUUUCUGAAAUUGUAGGUUUACACUUAUAUUUACCUUUACAGGUUUACAUCUCAGUAUGAUUAUGUUGCGUGCUAAGCUAAUUACUGAUAUUACUGUUGACGUGUUUAUAAACGGGUAAUUAUCAAUUAUAUGGGCAACACCAGUCUUCAUUUACCUUUGAAUGUGUUUUUAGAUUAGUUAAUUGUAACAGUGGUUGUGGGCUAGCUGACUAAAUCAUGAUGGCUAGCAUUGGGGACGAUGAGUUGUAUUCAUCAUGCAAGGAAGAUGAAGAAACCAAGUCUUUAACAGAAGCGAUGACAGGACAGAUUACAUUGGAAGGUAAAAAAAAUAAUAUUAUGACGGGGGAAAUCAAAACCUCACUGAUGCUUAUCAAAAUUGCUCAUCUUGUUGGCAGAGGACAGUGCGGUGGCGCCAUCUUUCGGUGAUGCGAGGUGUUGUUUGGUUGAAGACGCAGCGAAUGGUUCAACUUAUCAGGAACAGAGAGUGAUGGAUGAAAAAAUUGCUCCCAUCGAACAACAGCUUCAGUACUUGCUGAAUAAGGCAGAUGAGUUACAGGCAGAGCUGGUGUGGAGUCUAGAUGGCUUCCAGAAUGAUGGGCUGGCCCAUAUUAUUACAAUGUUCCUGCAAACUUGCCAGCCAUAUUUCACUUACCUGGAGUCCACAGCAAGAAACUCCCACCCUCUGCACUCACCCCUUUCCAUAUACAUACGCACAAAGCUUUUGCAGUUCUCGCAGCAACUGUGCUCUCGUCUGGAGCAGCUGGUGUUAAUGUAUGCCUCCUUCAAUAUCAUCUCUGUAGAGGAAACUGAUCCAGAGAGUAUCUCACACUUCUGUAUUGGCCAGUCUCAAAUAGACAACAUAAAGCUGUCAAUUUUCCGGUACUCUUGCCCCACCCCUUUUCUUGCCUCAGCCAGUACCGGGCUAUACAAGCGUAUGCGCUGGAAUGUCGAGCGAGAGAUAGAAGCGGAGGGAUGUCACAGUGAAGAAUUUUAUUUUCUGUGUUUUGAGGAUGUACUCAAGGAAGAAGACGACGACACAAGAGAAAAUAAUGAAGGACAGACAGCAACAGAGAGAAAGAACAUAAUGAUGAGAAUCUGGUCUAUUGGUCAGUGGAUCCAGACAUACCCUGAGUCUGACGACAUCGCUGACUGGGUGUUGUGUCCAGUCCCUUGUGGUCAAUACAAGCAGCUGUUGUGUCUGGGAAACGAGGAGCCGCCAUCUUGCACUGCCACAGACUUCCUGCUGGGGGUGCUGCUGUCUGAGGAACUAGAUGUUACAUGUGUCACUGAAACAUGAGGUUGUACAUCCACGAAGCCUCUGGUAAAGACUAAGAGUAUUGUUUACAUUUGUUAGUUUGUGUUGUUAGCAGUUGUGAUGCUCCGAUUUUCACAGUUCAAAUGUUUUAGCCUAUUUUUUUUCUUAACUCAGCGUUCAUUUUACAUUUGGU